AGAGCCGCCGGGUCUCUGAGAGGGAAGGAGGCUGCGCGUGCGCAGUGGCGUUGGCUGCGCUUCCUGUGCGCCCGGCACAGAGGCAGUACGGUCGCGAGCACGCACGCAAGCACGCACGCGCGCCCUCCUUGACUUCUGCCGCCCCAGCAGCUCCAGUGUAUACCACCAACGCCGUCCAUUCGGCCAAGAUGCUGCGAGCUUGUCAGUUGUCUGGCGUGACCUCCACUGCUCAGAGUUGUCUCUGUGGGAAGUUUGUUCUCCGUCCAUUGCGACCAUGCCGUAGAUACUCUACUUCAAGAAGUUCUGGGUUGACUGCUGGCAAAAUUGCUGGAGCUGGCCUUUUGUUUGUCGGUGGAGGUGUUGGUGGCACAAUCCUGUAUGCCAGAUGGGAUUCCCAGUUCCGGGAAAGUGUUGAGAAAACCAUACCUUACUCAGACAGACUCUUUGAGGUGGUUCUUGGUUCUGCACCUUAUAGUGUUCCAUUGCCAAAGAAGCCGAUUCAGUCUGGUCCACUAAAAAUCUCUAGUGUCUCAGAAGUAAUGAAGGAAUCUAAACAGCCUGCCUCACAAGUCCAAAAACAGAAAGGAGACACUCCAGCUUCAACAACAGCAGGUGAUGCGCUUUCUGUCCCAGCUCCUGCAGUUCAGCAUGAGGAACCUGCAAAAACUGAUCGCCUUGAAAUUGGUGAAGGAAAACCCACAUCUGUAACUUCAGAGGAAGCAUCUUCAUCUAUAAGAGAGCGACCACCAGAAGAAGUUGCAGCUCGCCUUGCACAACAGGAAAAACAAGAGCAAGUUAAGAUUGAGUCUUUAGCCAAGAGCUUAGAAGAUGCUCUGAGUCAAACUGCUUCCAUCACUCUGCAGGCAAUUGCAGCCCAGAAUGCUGCAGUCCUAGCCAUCAAUGCACACUCCAACAUAUUGAAGGCAGCCAUGGAUAAUUCUGAGAUUUCAGGUGAAAAGAAGUCUGCUCAGUGGCGCACAGUGGAGGGUGCUUUGAAGGAACGCAGAAAGGCAGUAGAUGAAGCUGCCGAUGCCCUUCUCAAAGCCAAAGAAGAGUUAGAGAAGAUGAAAGGUGUAAUUGAAAAUGCAAAGAAAAAAGAAGUUGCUGGGACCAAACCUCAUAUAACUGCCGCAGACGGCAAACUCCACAACAUGAUAGUUGAUCUGGAUAAUGUGGUCAAAAAGGUCCAAGCAGCUCAGUCUGAGGCUAAGGUUGUAUCUCAGUAUCAUGAGUUGGUGGUUCAAGCCCGGGAUGACUUCAGGCGGGAGCUGGACAGUAUUACUCCAGAAGUUGUUCCUGGGUGGAAAGGGAUGGGCAUUUCUGACUUAGCUGAUAAGCUGUCUACUGAUGAUCUAAACUCCCUGAUUGCUCAUGCACAUCGUCGCAUUGACCAACUAAAUAGAGAACUAGCACAACAGAAAGCCAUAGAGAAGCAGCACAUUGCAUUAGCCUUGGAAAAACAAAAGCUGGAAGAAAAGCGGGCAUUUGACUCUGCAGUGGCUAAAGCAUUAGAACACCACAGAGGUGAAAUACAGGCUGAACAGGACAGAAAGGUAGAGGAAGUCAGAGAUGCUAUGGAGAAUGAAAUGAGAACCCAGCUUCGCCGACAAGCAGCUGCCCACACUGAUCAUUUACGAGACGUCCUUCGGGUGCAAGAGCAGGAACUGAAGUAUGAAUUUGAGCAGGGUCUGUGUGAGAAACUUUCUGAAAAAGAAUUAGAGUUUCGUCGUCUCAGUCAAGAGCAAGUUGACAACUUUACUCUGGAUAUAAACACUGCCUAUGCAAGACUGAGAGGAAUUGAGCAGGCUGUUCAGAGUCAUGCAGUUGCUGAAGAAGAAGCCAGAAAAGCCCACCAACUCUGGCUUUCUGUGGAGGCAUUAAAAUACAGCAUGAAGACCUCAUCUGCAGAUAGGCGUACUGUCCCGCUGGAGAGUGCAGUUGAGGCUAUCAGAGUCAACUGUUCUGAUAAUGAAUUUGCCCAAGCUUUAACUGCUGCUAUUCCUCCAGAGUCUCUGACUCGGGUUUACAGUGAAGAGACCCUGAGGGCCCGUUUCUAUGCUGUCCAAAAACUAGCCAGAAGGGUAGCAAUGAUUGAUGAAACCAGAAAUAGCUUGUACCAGUACUUCCUCUCCUAUUUGCAGUCCCUGCUCCUAUUCCCAUCACAACAACUGAAGCCACCGGCAGAGCUAUACCCUGAGGACAUAAACACAUUUAAGUUACUGUCAUAUGCCUCCUAUUGCAUUGAGCAUGGUGACCUGGAGCUGGCAGCAAAGUUUGUCAAUCAGCUGAAAGGGGAGUCCAGACGAGUGGCACAGGACUGGCUGAAGGAAGCUCGAAUGACCCUAGAAACUAAACAGAUAGUGGAGAUCUUGACAGCAUAUGCCAGUGCUGUAGGAAUAGGAACCACUCGAGUGCAACAAGAGUAAGGUGUAGGAAGAGUUGUGUAACGUCCUAUUUCAUUUCCAAGGAAAUCAGCAGUGAUGUAAGGGUUUGCAACAAGGGUCCCAGAAUUGUCUAGAACAGGUUACAGUCCUGUGCUAAAUGUUAACACCUGUUGCAUUAUCGUUCCACUUGCUAUCGUGUCUGUGAACUCCAGGAGUGCUUCCUUUGCAACUUGUAUAACAUUUCCUGUUUUUCAGGUUUUACUGAUCAGGCUUGUGAGCCAAUCAAAAUAAUGUUUGUGAUCCCUACUCUUGAUUCUGCCCUUGGAGUAAACUGAAUAAAGCAACAUGAUGAAAACUGAAUACCUUAUCCCUUUUCAGAAAGUACCAUUUCCAAUUUGUCAUAUGAGCAGAAAACUCGAGAAGCAGAAGUAGGAACUUCUGUCCAGUUUCCAGGCUGUGAACGAGUCACCAGAAGUCCAAGGCCUGCUUCUUGGCUUUUGAAUGUUUGGGUGAAUUGAUUUCUGCUGGUUGAAUCGAGAGGGAUGUACAAGCCUUAAAACGCCAGUGUAGUUAUAGCUGGAGAUACAUUUUAGUGGUUUGAAGGCAUGAGGAAUUAGCUUGCAUCCCAAACUUUUUUUACUGCCACCCACAGGAAAAACCUACUUUUUAUUGUGACCCAGCACACACACAUCUAUAUGCAUCUACAUAAAGCAGUUCUCAAACCAUUCCUACUCAUGCUGUUUUCUAAUACUUGGGUGGAGGUAGUGAUUCUGAAAUCUGACUGAAGGAAUCGAAUUAAUUUUGUGUUUUUCAUUUGGACUGCUCUAAGACCCAGAUAAUUCUCAGUUCCCCUUGCUAAAGACUAGAACAACGCAUACUGGGUAAACAUUAAUUCCUACCUGUUGACUUUAUUUUUACUCCUUAAAAAUUACCAUCUCUAAGUAAAAACAUUGCCGGUUUUUUAAUUAAAAUUUUGUGGGGGUUAUGUGUUCAUAAGAUUACUAAGGAGCCACUCUCCCCUCUCCAAGCAAUGUAUCUGCAUAUCAUGAGGGAGUUAGUUUAUGUUUCUGGUAAGUGUACAUGUGUAGAUUCAGAUCUCUGCACACCAUUCACCUUGUUUUUUGAUUUGGGGGUACAGUACGUAUGUCCAUCUUUGGCCUGAGAUGAUGUUAAUGCUCGAGUUCCCUUGCAAAUAGAUAAAAUACACUGAGUUUCUCUGAUGGGCGCUCCUGCUUUGUGAACUGCCCUUGAUCUCCCAAGGAAGAGGCACACUGGGCACUAACUGGAGGUUAGGAAAUUUUAUGUGGAGAUAACAGGCUGUUCUGAAUUCAGUCUUUCUUUCCCUUUGGAAUGACAUGAAAUUGCAAAAUACAUUUACUUGCAAACCUAAACUUACAUAUUUGUUAUAUUAGAAGUGAGUGUAAUUAACAUUUUAUUCACAGAAAAAUCUGAAGAGAUUGCCAGAAAAUCUAAUUUCUCUUGGAGUCCUGAGAGCCUCCCUUCAGAUGUGAUUAUUUGAGUUUACCAGGAGUGAUUGAUCUUAGCUUAACAAAAUAAGACAAAAAUAACAGCUGGUUCUCAAAUAUUAGUACACAGUUCUAACAAAGCUCUGCACCCCCAUUACUAAUUAGGAAAUGGGAUGAUACUGUCAGACCUUGUUUUUCCUCAUGCCUAGUCCAGCUCAGUCUGCCUGAGGUAUCCUCUACAGCCCUUAAAGUCAAAAGGGAUCUCAGCUCUACAUCAAGGAGAUGAAAUGCAAAGAGCCAAGUUGGGGGAAAGGUACAGUACUGGGAAGUUAGGGAAGAUCAGUUUCACUUCAGCUUAUUUCUUUUGAGGCAGGCUACUUUGUAUUAAAUCAUUUGGUCUCUUAAAGGUUCUGGAUAAAGUAGUCUCCAAGUCCUAAAUAGGUUGUCCCACCAGUUUUAAAGUAACUUGCCUUAACUUGGUACAGAAAAUAUCAUUUGAGUUAAAAGGAAAAUAAAAAGGCUUACAUGUCAAGUUAUCUUCAUCAGGCCCAGUGAUCACCAUUCCCACUGGUCUAGGCUUCUUUCCAUUUGAUAUAUCUGGUGCGGGGGGGGGCUGGUGUGUCACUGGCCAUUUACAGCUCUUACCCAUGUGGUGGGGUAACCUUGGUUUCUGUCGCUUGGUUAAGUUUAUGGAAUGGGUUCUGGAAGAGUUCUGAGGCAAGAGACAGUAAAGGGGCCAUUGUUACAGGAACUACUCCAUCAGUGUACCAGCAGCAAAGUCUAGGUUGUCAUGGGAAAAAAUUGUCAUCACCUUUAUUCCUCUUGGACGUUCUUAGUUUUCAAGUCUUAAAUAUUGCUAAGCUCUGAAAAUACGUUCUUGGGGUUGAUCCCCAGCAUUACUAAAUCAUCUGAAAAGUCCACAGCAGGUUCAUCUGGACAGUGCUUUGUAAUAGGCCCAAACCUGGGCCAGGCUGAAGGCUUAUUCACUGCCCAGAUCUUGUGUACCUUUUCAUUGUCCUGUAUCCUAGCAGAUAGCUUUACAUCAACCAAAUCAAGCAUACCCUUUUUGCUAGUAAAAUUCCAUUUCACCUUUAAAGUCUUAAGAGAUUUUAUAAAACUGGCCCUGCCCAUCCAUGCUAGAGAUUCCACCUCAUAGCACAUACCAUUUCAGUGCUUUCUAAACUGUUUUCACCAUGACCAACAGUAAAGUCUGUAUCAUCUGGUAUACUUAGGCAUGUGUUACCUGUAUGCACACAUCUGUGCUGCAAUGUGAAAAUAUAUCACAAAUGUUACAGAACUGCACCUAAUCCAUUUUAUUAAAAAGAAAUCAUGGCCACUACCCACAAAAACUGGUAUCGGUCUCUACAGCCCAAAAAGAUUAAACACUACCCUCUUUUAUAGAAUAUGGGCACAUAACUAGUGAUCUAACCUCCGGGCCUAGUUCUUGGUGUGGCAUCUACACAGUGAAGGCUACCAGACAAAAAGUUUUAAGGUCCAUGGAACUUUUGCAGAGGUGGCACUCAAUAUCCAGUUGGCAUCUACUAUGACCUAGGUUCCAGAUUUGAAUUUGAUUCUAAAGCCAUUUAGGAACUUUCAAUGUUGUUGAGCCUUUCCCUUGACUAUAAUAAUAUCCAUUUUAGAGUCCUCAAAUGUUCUACUGAACCAGAAAUCUAGUUUCUAAGGAGUUCCAUACAUUAGAAUCUAAUUCUGAGGCAACAGUGAACAACUUAUUCCAUAUAUAUUAAGACUGCUCCCUUCCCAUUGCAGGAGAGUCCUUACUGCCAUCUGCAGGAGAGUCCUUACUGCCAUCUGUUCUUUUGAUAUUCUGGUUGUUCUUGCUCCUUUUACAAAAGUUAUUCAGAAAUCACUUCACUAGCUUCAGUCCCCACUUUACAAAAGGCUGCCUUUUGAUUUUUUAACAUAUGAUUGUUUAUAUGCUGCCAAUGCUGAGACCUUGUGGCAUCAUUAAAACAUUAUAUCCCUUUUUAAUCCUGAGGCUUUUCAAAACUUGAUUCUAACUGGAUCUGAGUUAUAGCUCAAAAAUUUCCUCCCCAAAAAUCUGAAUGAAUGUUUCAUUCAGGUUAUAAAUAAGUUUCUCCGGUACAAACAGCUGAGAAGUCUUAUUCUGCACUGUUCUUCUAGAGCAGACCUUAAAAACUUACGGGUCCUGAAACACCAAGCCGCCACUUGUUUUAAUAAAUGCCUUUUAGGAAUAUAGUACUAGAGAUGUAUGAACGUGAAGAAAGUAGGGAGACUGUAGAUGGUUAGCAACCAGACUACACAAAGUGAGAAAAAGCACCAACACUGAGAAACAGUCCACUUUAACAUUUCAUAAGAAAAAACUAUCUGUACAGGUUUAUGACCAGAGGUAGGAACCUGAGAAAUUAAGGAAAACUGGAGGUGGAAUUGGAAUACGGACAUACACCUGAAGGCACAGCUGGAACUAAAAGCAAAAAUGUGGCAUAGAAAAGCAUCUUUUACUGACAGAACAUGCUGAAGACUAUGGUCAGAUAAGCAUAAACACAAGACAAUGGACAUAUCCUGUAGGCUUCAAUUUUUCUCAGAACAGUUCAAGGCAGGU